GAAUUCAGUCUCCCGCAAGCUUCGCCCCCCCACAAAAUUUUCAAAAUCCCGCGCUUACAAAUCUUAUUUAAGUUCCUCACAACAUCCCUUCUCCUUUCUCAAAUCACACACCCAAUUAACUCUUUCUCUUUCGUUUGCAUCCAAGAAUUCUUCUUCUCUAGUCUUCCCUGUAAAGAUGCCUUCCAUCCCAGAAGAACCUCUCCUCGCCCCCAACCCCGACCGCUUCUGCAUGUUCCCCAUCCAGUACCCACAAAUCUGGGAAAUGUACAAGAAAGCCGAAGCGUCCUUCUGGACUGCGGAGGAAGUGGAUUUGUCCCAAGACCUCCGCCACUGGGAAAACCUCACUUCUGACGAGAAGCAUUUCAUCAAACACGUUCUCGCCUUCUUCGCCGCCUCUGAUGGCAUUGUUUUGGAGAACCUUGCUGGACGCUUCAUGAAGGAAGUUCAGGUCUCCGAGGCUCGUGCCUUCUAUGGGUUUCAGAUUGCCAUUGAGAACAUCCAUUCCGAGAUGUAUAGUCUUUUGCUUGAAUCCUAUAUAAAGGAUUCGGCCGAGAAGAACAUGCUUUUUCGCGCAAUCGAGACUGUCCCAUGUGUGGAGAAGAAGGCUAAAUGGGCUUUACGCUGGAUCGAUGGCUCUGAAACUUUUGCCGAACGAUUAAUCGGAUUUGCUUGUGUGGAAGGCAUAUUUUUCUCGGGAAGCUUCUGUGCAAUAUUUUGGCUGAAGAAGCGUGGUUUGAUGCCGGGUUUAACUUUCUCCAACGAAUUAAUCUCACGGGAUGAGGGUUUGCACUGCGAUUUUGCGUGCUUGCUUUAUAGUUUGUUGAAAAUGAAGUUGAGCGAGGAGAAAGUGAAGGCGAUAGUGGCGGACGCGGUGGACAUUGAAAGGGAGUUUGUGUGCGAUGCGCUGCCUUGCGCGUUGGUGGGGAUGAAUGGAGAAUUGAUGAGUCAGUACAUUAAGUUUGUGGCUGAUAGAUUGCUGAAUGCAUUGGGGUAUGGGAAGUUGUAUUAUGUCCAAAACCCGUUUGAUUGGAUGGAGUUAAUAAGUUUGCAAGGGAAGACUAAUUUCUUUGAGAAAAGAGUGGGGGAGUAUCAGAAAGCCUCUGUUAUGUCCAGUUUGAAUGGGAAUGGAGCAGCAACUCAUGUCUUCAAAUUGGACGAGGAUUUCUGAUUUCACAUUUACUUGAAUUAUAGUUUAUUUUUAAGUCUAGAUUUUUGGUGUGUGAUGUAGGAGUUUAUAAUUCAUAAUUUCUUGUUGUUUGUAGGUUUAUUCACGAAAUUUUAAAGCAUGGGAAUGUUACAAUAGGAACUUGUUUUCUUGUGCAUAUAUAAAACUACAAUGAUGAAAAGCAUGUUUUUUUGGA